CCACCCUUGUCUGGGGCUCGCUGGUUGUGACGCACGUCACGCUCGGCCAGGCAGGCGUGGAGGUGGGUGUGACGUGCUGCUAUAAAAUGCUUGGCUGCAGGCAGUGCCGGACACACCGACACCUGGCGGCAAAGGGCAGUAAGAACUUCGGGCCCUUUCUACAAGUGAGUGAGAGAAGAAAGAGAAGUCAGAGAAAGGAAGCAAAGAAAGCAGCCGCACGACACCGAGCGUGAAAAUCUCGCGAAGUUUGGACAACGACGAUUACCUUUAUUUUGCCGCACAGACCCGAAGCUUCACAGUUGUUACCUGAAACAAACCUACCUGACAGUGGGGAAACAGAUGAUGGAGGUACGAUCCCCAGCACCACUUGUCGUCAAGUUCCUCAUCUUGACGCUGAGUGUCGCCCCCUGCACCAGCUUCACCUACCCGCCCCGCGCUGCUUACCCACAGACUGGUGGCUAUGGCUACAGGGACAGACAGCUGCAGCAACCAGUUCCAGUUGGCUAUCUGUUCUACCCUAACAUCAUAAGGACCGUGAAUUCAGGCUACAACUGGCAGGUACUACAACAGCAGCGACAGCAGCAGCAACAACAGCAACAACAGCAGUACCUGGACCGCCUGCUGCAGUUCCUGUUCGGCACAUCCCAGACAGGACAGGAGGAGGAGGAGGCCAGCCAGCAGACCCUGUUCGGCACAUCUCUCACAGGACAGCAGGAGGAGGCCGGCCAGCAGACACUGUACGACUUAUCUCAGACAGGACAACAGCAGGAGGCCGGCCAGCAGACCCCAUACGGCACAUCUCUCACAGGACAGCAGGAGGAGGCCGGCCAGCAGACACUGUACGACUUAUCUCAGACAGGACAACAGCAGGAGGCCGGCCAGCAGACCCUGUACGGCACAUCUCUCACAGGACAGCAGGAGGCCGGCCAGCAGACACAGACGUACGAAGACAUCGAGGACCUGAUGAAGGCCAUCUCUCGUGUGGCAGAUGCCAUGUACGGCCCCGUGAGCACAACUCCCUCCACAUUUGAAGAUGACGAUGACGUUGAGGAAGAAACUACUCCAAUAACUGCUGCUGUGUCCAGUACCACGCAGUCAUCCUAUAAUAAUAUUAAUGAUGAUGAAGACGAUGAUGAAGCAGUAGCAACAACUUUAAGCGCUGUCACGGUGUCCAGUACCACACAGUCAUCCGAUGAUGAUGAUGAUGACGACGAUGAAGAAAACUCGGCCACAACUCCACUUACAGUUUUGGUGUCCAGUACCACAACGUCAUCCUAUAAUAAUGGGAUGAUGACGACGAUGGAGGAGAAGCAACGACAACUCCACUGACAGCUUCAGUGUCCAGUACCACGCAGUCAUCCGAUGAGGAUGAUGAUGACGACGAUGAAGAAAACUCGGCUACAACUCCACUUACAGUUUCGGAUUCCAGUACCACAACGUCAUCAUAUAAUGAUGACGACGAUGAAGAAAAAGCGACAACUCCACUCACAGUUUCAGACUCCAGUACCACGCAAUCAGAACCCGUUGAUAACAGCGAUGAAGAAGAGAAAGACGACGAUGAAGUAACUACGCUGUCGGAGGUGACUGAGGUCACAACCCAAUCCCUCGAUUUACGUGACUAUAAUGAUGUUACGACGACGACAACUCCAGUCGUCACAACCUUCGCCCCUGACAGCAGUGACGAGGAUGACGACAGCGAGGAGAAUGAAGAGACCACUACGACCACCACAGCAACUGCAGCACCUACAGCGUCUGCUGACACAGGGCCUAGUAAGUUCCUACAGUAUCUACUCACAAAGUGUCUAGGGAGUUAGUACAGUGUCUCGAGAUACGAGCGAGCUAACGAGGGCCCACUGGUGACGUCACAAGAGUAAUUAAUGCAGCUAAUUAACAUUGUGUGUCUUCCGUGUCUUCAACAUUGGCUGCAGUCUUCAUGAUGGAACUAUAUGCUCGUAGUGCAUCGUCCUGUAGUUAUCUAGAUGUUGGGUGACAUCAGACAAAGGUGAUCCUGUCCUUGCAUUGUGUCCGUAGGUGUGUGUGUAUAUUAUCUCAAUGUAUUUGUUGUAAGUUCGGUGUCAGCGUGUAUUUUGACCGUGAGUGCCAGUUUAUCUGUUGUUUACAUUGUGUGUUAUGAGUAGUUGUUUGUACUGUCAUUUCACGACUGCUGUCAGUGUCAGUGUCAGUGCCAGUGUCAGUGCCAGAGAAGCUGUUGCAUUGUGCCAUGAUGUCGGUGGUUGUUGCAACCUUGUGUCUGGCCUCACAGAGGACAACGCUCAGCAGUUGCUCUUAUUCAUUACAAUCAUCCGGGUCUUUUUCUCACUUUUUUUAUUUGCUAGCUUGAGAAUUAUAUAAUGAGGAAUAAAGGACAAAAAGAAGCCAA